AUGAAGCAAAUUGAUUCAGCUUUUGCUUCGUGGUUCAUUGACAAUGGAGGCUACUUGCACCCGUCUAUGGAGAUUGCCCUAGGCUCGAAUGGCAAUGCUCUGCGUGUCAAGCCUGGUUCUGAACCGCUUGAGUGUGGAAGUAAGAUCGUCUCUUGUCCCAAGACGUUGAUGGUCUCGUUCGCCGCUGCCCAUUCUUCCUCGCUCCUCGAGUCUCUGAAUAGGAAUGCUCCCAACCGAACCGGCAACGAAAUCAUCAGCCUUAGGUUCUUUUUGGUUGAACAACUUCUGCUCGGGCAAGAUUCCUUUUGGUCACCGUACAUACAGAGAUUACCUCAGCCCGGUGACUCAAACGGCCUGAAUACGACCCUCUAUUACGACCAGGAAGACUUCAAAUGGUUGCAGGGUACCAAUCUGGGCGCAGCUACUCUAGGACGAACUCAAUUGUGGCGACAAGAAUAUGAGGACUCGAUGAAGAUCCUGCGAGUUGGAUCUGCCACGUAUGAUUGGAAUCCUUGGACAUGGGAAUUAUAUUUAUGGGCGACAACAGUGCUGACCUCCAGAAGUUUCCCGGUUGCUUCUGUCUUCAAGCCAGAUGAGGACAUCCCUGCAUUAGUGCCAGGACUAGACCUUCUAAACCACUCGCCGUCUGCUCAAGUUGUGUGGAACCUUGACGGUGACCGGUACACCAUCAGCGUAGACGAGCCUAUCCAUUCUGGCUGUGAGGUUCUCAAUAAUUACGGACCCAAAAGUAAUGAGGAGUUGUUGAUUGGCUAUGGAUUCUGCAUUGCUGGCAAUACGAGCGAUUCCUUCGGGCUGGGUUUCAAUUCUGUAGUAUCGAACAGGAUUCAGGCCAUCAAGGAAUCCCGUGGAAUCUCAAUUUUGCAAAAAGCAACCCCAAAUGAGCCCAAAGGCGCCGAUGAGAACGAUGCCAAAGUCUCUGAGCAACAUUCGGUCUGGCUGAAGAAGUGCUUGCCUCCAAACAACAUCGAGAGCCCGUAUCAAUUCAGCUCCUAUUUCUUAGAACACUCAUCAAUUGCGGUCGAGAAUGAGCGCGAACAGCGAGGACAUAGACUAGAUUGGGCCAGCUCUCAAACCGAAUGGACUGCUGAUUCUUUGUGCAGGAACAAAUUGCAUGUUUUAGCGACAACAACCAUGCUUUUAGAAAAGUCAAUGUUGGAGAUUAGACAUCACAAUGGAGCUCUGAGCAAGCCAAGAAACCAAAGGCAGGUUAUGGCGGCGUUGUAUCGAAACGAACAGCUGAAGAUACUGGAUGCGGUCAUCGCAAAUCUUCGGGGCAACGUUCGAGCGCUGUUGGAGGCAAGUACCGUGAACAGCGUUUGGAGACUUCAGCAAGCCCUCCAUAAUGGUCCCAAGCUUCUGACUAAGGAUCUGAGAAGUCUCAUCCAUCUCGCCUUAGGUACACGAAAUGAGGCUAAGAUCAAAGAACGCGGCGGCGAGGAAUGCGUCUUUGCCUUGUGGCUAUGCGGCUUGUGGGUCCUUCAGCAGAGAAGCGACUUUGAUGACAACCAUCCGUCAGGUACUCCGUGGAUAUCUUGGGUGAAGCUUUUGGAAAUAUGGUAUGGGUCCCCCUCGACCCCAAUGGACACGUCCUGGAAGUCCCCAUCUUCCCAACCUAGUAGAAGUCCUGAAGUCAACGAGCUAGCUGCAAUCGGAGCUUCAUACUGGGAAGCAAUACGUCAGACCGUUCAGAAGUAUCCUCAAUCCUUGUACAAUAGCCCUUCGAUUACAGUACCGGUCUUGAUGUGGUGUCUCAACAUUGUCAGAUCAGAAAGUGUAAGACUUCCAGACCCUUUCAUGAAUGUGGAGGAGGAAGAAGAUGAGUACAUACUAGUCAUUGAAAGUUCUGCAUAG